AUGGUAGAAGAAGCAGCACCUGUUAUAAUUUGUGAAGUUAAAAAUUCGUAUGACAGUGAUGGAUACCUAUUAAGUUCACUUGGAGAGGAGGAAGUGAAAUCCAGUGAUUGCAAAAUAGAUGACAAUGAACCAGACAAAAAUCACCUUACAGAGUCUGAAAAUAUGCUCACCACUGAACUGCCAACUCAAGUUACAAAUAACACAGCAACUCAAGAUCAAUACAACAUUCUAUUCAGCCAAACUGAUUGUCCUGCCGAUUAUGUGAGAAGAGGUGUUCUAAGAUUAAAAAAUUUGGAAGUAAAAAAACGACUGGAGGAAAAAUUAUUAAAUUCAAAGUUGGCUACCCAAGAAAUAAAAAAAACAGGCUGCAGAGCUAGAAUUACAGAAAAAUAA